UAAUUGUAAAUAGUAAAUAAAGGGUCCCGUGACGCCUAAAGCUUUAAAAAUGUGUUUGCCUGGGAGUUUUGAGUAAAAAACUGAGGGGAAAUUGAGGGGAAUGAGUAAUAAUAAAAUAAAGGGGAUAAUAAAAUAUUUUUUUGAGAGGGGAUAAUCAACACAGCUGCUAAAACGGAAAAAAUCUUUUUUAUUAAUUAAUAAUCCUUAAUUUUCUCUUUCUCUCCCACAAAAAAAAUUUUUUUAAUUUAUUUUUUUUUAUUUUUUUCAUUGUUUCUCGUUAGAAACAAUCCCCUUAACUUCCACUUAUAUCCUUCUCUGAAGAAAAAAAUUUUUUUCUUCGAAAUAUUAAUAAGCUUCCUAACUUGGAUGGCCUCUCUUCUGCUUUCGUCUUCCGCCUUCCGAUUCCUCCUUCCGUCUUUCACCGUUUUUAAAAUAUGGCAGAAAUUGCUCUCGAACUUCCAUUUUUUGAAUACAACAAAGUAGCACAAAAUUUAAUUGCUUCCAAACAACCCUCCCAGAAAAACACCAAAAAAAAUUUUUUUCAAUGCUUCUUUCACAACCCUAUUGACUAUAUUUCUAUUGAUUUUUAUUUUUUUAGUUUUUUCAUAGCUUCCUCUCUACAUACAUAUUUCCUCAUCUUCCCUUCCCCCUUCCCCUCCCCUCUCCCCUCCCCUCAAUUCACUCAUACUCGCAUUGUUUCCCUCUCCUCACUUAUUUACUUCUUUUUUCCCCAAUUUUUUUUCCUCACUUAUUUAUUUGCCUUAAAGAAAAUUCAAACAUCUCCUAGACUUAGUGGUACUUUUGAUUCAUUUUGUUUAGAUAAGUAA